ACUUAAAGGAUACUGCCGCGACGGGCCACCGCCGCUCAGUCCCCACCGAGAAGCGGGCAGGAGGAGGCUUCUUCCCCCCGCCCCCGUCCUCCCGCCACGGCUAGUCCUUCCAGCGGCUUUACCCGCCACCAGAAGCAGCGUUUAACUCUAUGCGCAUGCGCGCUCCUCCCCUACCAGGAUUCUAGGAAGACGUUGAGGCAAGACCAUAGAGGGGAAUGUGUAGAGCGGCACACGAGUAUUUCCGGCUUGGGAUUGCAGCAGCGGGGAUGACGUCACAGAGAUCUCUCUCUUCCUCCUAGUUCUACGACGAGGGGGAAAAGGACUGCGGACUACACUGCAGGGGCUUUGGGAUCUGCCGUGCAAGGGCCUGCCAGCGCUUCACCCUCAAGUCAUCCGCUCAUCCACUUAAGGACCAGGCCGAGGAUCCACGCUCCCAACUGCACUGGUCUCCAUGGCCUGUUGCUGGCCUGCCUCCAACUCUUCCAAGCCACGGACAGCCCCCCUCCCCGCGCGGCUCAUUCCUGGCUCCCCCUACUCAGUGCUGGUCCUGCAGGAGGGCUAUGCGGAAGAGUUGCCAGAUGGCACCACCCAGGCAGAUGGGACUGUCUCACUGGUCCUGGGGCCGUACCUCACCUUGGUGGACACAGGGGGGCCGUGGGGGCGGGACCAGCUGCUGGCAGGGCUGGCAAAACAGGGGGUGUCCCCCUGCGACGUCCAACAUGUGGUUUGCACCCACGGCCACUCAGACCAUGUGGGUAACCUCAAUCUUUUCCCCCGGGCUGAGCUGAUUGUGGGCACAGAUGUCAGCCAGCCUGAUGGGCGCUACCUCCCCACUGGACUGUCCCGUGGGCUCCCCUACACUCUCCAUGCAGGGCACCUGGAAGUGCUGCCCACUCCUGGCCACACAGGGAAUGAUGUCAGCCUGAUGGUUCGGGGCACAUCCCUGGGGGAUGUCCUGGUGGCUGGUGACCUUUUUGAGCGCGAAGAAGAUUCUGAGGAGUGGCAGACCCUUAGCGAAGACCCAGCACGGCAGGCAGAGAACAGGGCACGUGCUCUGGGCAUGGCUGAUGUCAUUGUGCCUGGCCACGGGCCACCCUUUCGGGUCUUCACAGGGGGGAGUGGGGCAUCACAGGGAGGGUCUGGAUGACCUCUGCAGUCUCAGCCAAGAAGUAAGGAGCUCUGUGUCUCUAAACACCUAAUAAAAUAUUUUGAAUCAGA